UUGGAGGGCGGGGCAGGGGGAGUGUAUUUUUCUGUUGAUAGAAACGUGUAGUUCAGUAAAACUCUUCUGUGUCUUUGUUGUGGAAAAUGGAAGGAGGUUUCAAACGGUAUUAUCUAUGAUAGUACUAUUAUUUUGAAUAAUAAACGGAUGAGUUUGUGUGGGAUACAAACAUACAGUCACUGCAUGUGCAGUUUUAAUACACGUAAAUGGUUUGUCAUAUACAGAGCACAUUUACACAUGUUGAAAGCAAAGGGCAAUCAAUAAAAUCAAUUCAGAACUGCCAGUAUGAGCGCCUGUCAUGUUAUGCAGAUUUGACUUAAUAUAAUGAAACUGUAAUGUGUGGAAUGUUAUGAAAGCUAUUUAGUAUUUAAUCCUCAAUUGAUGCUAGAGUUGAGAGGGGUUAAAGUUAAUUUCACUGUGUUAAUUACAUGCGUGUUCAUUUUAUAAAGUGUUAUGUACAUAAAUGCUCUGUGUCACACCACAUUCCACACAUUCUUCUGCCAACUGAACAAAGCUUAAAAACAAAAGCAACUAGGAGACACAGCUGCUAAGCUGGUGUUACUGGAUAAACAAGUCCUCUGCGUAAACCGAUGGAGAACAGUCAUAACACUGUGCCAUUCAGAGCUUUUACACCAAUGCCUCAGCUGACGACGGUGGAUGUGAGGGGCCUGAAUGGGUACAGAAAGGGGGGAUAUGAGAGUGAGAUGGAGGAUGCUGUGAAUGAGGAGCAGAAAGAGUGCUGGAAGAAGUAUGUAAAGCAGUGGAGCAGUCUACAGUGGGGGCACUCUCUCCGAUGUCUGACUCCAGUAGCAGCAUUGUGGUUGGUGAUUCAGGAAGAGACACAGUUUGUGGAGUUUGGAGGCUGGUUGCUGCUGGCUGGGAUGCUGUUUAUAGGACUUAUCUUCUACUUUGUUUCUCUACUGAAGUACCUCUAUCAAUACAGAAGGCAAUAUAAACAGAAGAAUGUCUCAGAGAAGAAUGAGAUUGUUGGGAAAAGCAUUGGUCAUCUUCAUCAGGUGAGUCAACAAGAUGCAGGUCAUCUAUUAUCCAUGGUAAGAGCUCUACUGGAUGGCUUGGUGGUCUCGCUUCUCCAGGAACCCAUGUCAGAUCCAAGAGUUUCCCAGAUACAAGGCCUCAUUAGCAAGCUGGAGGCAAUAUCUAAAUUAAUAACAGUGGCAACAAACAAUAGUGUCCCUAUGGAAGAGCAAAUGUUGCAGACCAACGAUAAGGAGGACAAAAUGAUCAAGACAAAAGUAGAAGACAGAGUGGAACAUAUUUGCACUUAUCUGCAAGAGAGGGUGAGUGUCCUGCGCUUUCUCCUUCAGACGCAGGAUCAGUUUGGGGUAUGCAUGGCUAACAUUCAGCAGGAGUUGCAGGAGUACUGGGAGCUGCUAGAGGAUCUGCACACAAAAGUGACCCUGCAGCGGGAAAAGUGCCAGGACGCUGAGGACACUCACACUGUCCUCACUGACACUGAGGGCUUAUACACAAACCUGGGCCUGUUCCAGAGUAGGAUUCAUGAGUGUCAAGUGCACCUGAGCACAAGUACACAUCUUCUUGAGGAGCUGGAAAAUAAGCAGCAGGCUCUGGCUCAGACUAUGGGCCUAACAGUGAAGUCUACAUGGACAAGAGACCUUCUGCAGUGUAACACCCAGCAGUUUGAAAAAGUCUCCAAGGAAUUCACAUCCCUCUCGCAACAGACUCUGACCUUUGUGAGGCAUCUGCAAGACCUAAGUGUAUCACAAGAUGGGAAUAGCAUAAAAACGCCUGAUGUGGAACAUGUGCAGAGUUUAUCAUCACCUCCCUCAUCACUCCCUGUGUACAGUAUUGCUCCAGCCACAGAAAAUACCCCCUCAGACCCUGACCCAAAGCCUCCCCAAACAUCCGGCUCUAAAUACUCAGUGAUGAACUUGCUCUGUGGGGUGAGACGACGGAGGUGAACAUUAUUUAAUUCUUUGUAUGAAUUAACUGAAUAAAAGACAUUAUUGUGAAAUGAAUAUGAAAAUGUUCUAAAUAGUUGUAAAUAUAUGUAUAAAUGCUUAAUUUAUGAGUUGUGUGAAUCUCAGUUGAUCUAUGGCUCAUCAGUUGAAUUGAUGCAGCCACUGUGCUCUAUGUUUGUAAUGCACCCUCUUCAUUUUCAAAUAGGAAAAUGCAUAAAUAUUUAAAGAACCAGAUUAAGUAAAUUACUUGUCAACUUAUUGUGUCACAGUAAACAUUAUUUUCCUCCUUGGUAUCUCUGGGAAUUUACGUAAAGGUACACUUCCUCAAAAUAUUGCUGAAAGCACAAAAUUGACUAAAAUGUCUUUGUAUUUGAAUUUCCUUCAUUCAAACUAAGGAUCAUGGCCCAAACUGUACACAAAAUAAGUUACAUAAAGGCAUAGUUCGAAAAGUUUGGUGUAGAAGAAAUCUAGUGGCCUACACAUUAAUAUAUUUGUAUAGGAUGGAUUUGUAUGCUGUAGCAUUACAGUUUUCCUUCACAGGAACUCUGAGGCAUAGCCUAAACCUGUUCCAGAAUGGCACAGCACAUAGCAAGGUCUAUGGAAACAUGUUUUUCCAAGGUUGAAUUGGAAGUAGCCUGAACAGAGCCCUGACCUCAUACCACUGAACACCUUUGAGAUGAACCGGAAUGUCCUCUACAUCCAAGUCCUUCUAGAAUGACAUCAGUUACUGACCUCAUUAAUGCUCCAGUGACUGAAUGAGCGCAAAUUCCUACAGUAAUGCUCCAAAACCUAUUAAGAAUCAGAAAGAGAAUUCUGAAAAAAUACACGAGUGUGAUGGUCAGGUUUCCACAUAUCUUUGGCCAUAUAAUGUAUUUGUGAAGCUAAACUUAUUUAAACUGGCUCCCUACAUGAUAUGCCUUAUACUGGGUGCUACAUUAUAGCUUCUCUAAUGUGUGGUAGUCAUUUUUAUAUAUCCAUUUGUCCAUAGGGGCAUUGUCAUGCUAGAGCAUGUUUAGGCCCUUUUGUUACAGUGAAAAGAAUUUGUGCCUGCCCUGGACCAUGACACACUGCAACAUCAGUGUCACUAUCUAAAUAAGACAAGGUGAGCAUUGGACCUGUGAUGGUCCCUUUUCACUGAUGGGCAGUAGAGCAACUGACAAUUGCUACAAUUGACAGUGUACCAACAAAACUCUUAUAUUGUUAUAUAGUAUGUAAUAUAUAGCUAUACAGUUAGAUAGUAAAAAAAUGUAGAUUUAAUGUAGGUCUAAUACCAUACCAUGGUCUGUCUGGAAUACUUGAUUUGGAAUAUCUGGAAGUUAUGUGUUUAAACCAUUCAUUGCAUUCAAAGUAGUUGCAGUCAGUUUAAUCACCAUUCUAAAUGAAUUUGCUGCCUAUAAACAAUUGUAACUAUAUCAACAGUCUGUAACAGUUGCAUACAAAGUGAGACAGCUCUUAUUACCUAUCCUAAUCACAUUACUAAUUAGCUUUUUAUUCAUUUCAAUUUA